AUGCGGUUUCACUCCCAACCAGUCCUGCGCGCCUCCCUCCGCGGCGCCCCGCUCCCCCCGCCGCGCCGCACACCCGCACUGAUCAUGCGGUCUCGCUCCACUGACGUAGUAGCACUAGAUCCGGACAGAGUGAGACCGACGCUGGCCAAGCAGAAGCCUUUGACUGAGAAUUCAAUGAGCGUGGACGCCCCAAGCCCAUCGAGCAUCACGCCUCCCGAGGAGGAAUCCACGGACUCGUCUCUAGUAGAAGAGGACGGGGUCUCCAAGCCGCGGCGGCGACGCCUGCACCUGCCCUUCGGCAAGAAGGCCAAGACCCCGGCGUGACCGAGCACAAGGCCACGGUGCGGUAAGGCCUGUAUGCGGUAGUUUUGUAUUGAAACAAAAAGCAUAUUUUCAUUUUGCAUAAAAACGAAACGCAUAACUUUUUCUUGCAAAAUUUCAUAAAUUAUAAUUUACGAUCAAUUCACAUAAUAGUACUUCAAAUACAUCUAGUACUCGUGACAACUUUUUCACGAAGCCCACGUAGGGGGCAUAAUUGCUCUCAGGGAGACAAAAUUCGUCUCUAGUAGAAGAGGACAGGGUCCCCAAGCCGCGGCGGCGACCCUUCGAUAAGAAGACCAAGACCCCGGCGUGACCGAGCACAAAGCCACGGUGCGGUAAGGCCCUAGGUCACGCGUAAGGCCUAAAAUGUUAAUGAAAUUAAAAUUAAAAGGGGUGAGAAAAUUUUGAAAACAAAAACCAUAUUUUCAUUUUGCGUAAAAACUAAAACCAUGGAAGUUUUUUAAACAUUUAUCCACUGAGUAUAAACUUUACUUUUACAAAUACGUCUAAAACCUAUGAAAAGUCCAUCAAGCCUCGCUUAUAUUUGCGCUAUAAGUGACGUAUUAGUAAUGUAACUAGCGAACCUACCUCAGUCAGCUUUGGUGGAAAUACCCUUUGAUAUUUUAACUUUGGUUUGUUAUAAACUUUAACCAUCAUUCAUCGUGCUAUUUGAAAUUAUGCAUUUUGUUUGUAUGGCAGAACGGCGUCACUCGUAACAUAAUGGCAGUACCAUUCUAAACUGCCGUUAUAAAUAAUAAAUAAACGGCCUCAUGCGGUUAAAACUCCUGACUUUUAACAGCACGGUUAUAUCAUUUUAAAAAUGUGGCGCCUUUAUAUCGACUCCAUAUUAUCCUAUCUCGUUCGCGUAGAAUUGAACUUAAAUGUUCAAAACUUGAUCGGUAGUGGCGCCAUUAUGUAAAAAAAUAUUUUUGUAAUCGAGAAUUUUAUGUUAUAAGAAAUUGACUGUUUCACCCUCAUUUCAUAUGUCCAUUUUAUCUACAUUGUUUUAAAUAAUUAAGAACAGACCAUAGGUCUAAUAGCGUGCUUCCGACUGGUCAUAUUGCAAAUAUUGAGGGGCCUACAACCUUUUAGAGCUCUUUCCCACUUACGUCCAGUUUUUUUGCGGGAUCUCGUUAGUAGUAUAUGUGCUAGUAUAAUAACGUUCACACGAGCAUUCUGUUUGCGGGAUACUGCACGUGUUUUCAGAAAACUGGAUCCUGCAGAAAACCGUACCCGCAAAAAACUGGACGUAAGUGGGAAACAGCUCUUACUCGUACUUAGUAAUUUCAAGAAAUUUGCAAUACUGCAAAAAUUUGAUGCCAGAUGCCACUACAUUUGUCGAGUACUUUAUGUGAUUCAUGUAAUAAGGUAAUAAUUAAUAAAUCUAAUCAUCCAAUGAGACAAUAAUCUGUUCAAUCUGGGGGCACGGUAGUGCCCCUGCCAAGUCGAGCAUAUAUUUUGCCGAACCGUCUGCAUUAUCGCAUUAGUUUUUUAUUCCAAAUGGACUGUAAAUAAAUAAAACAUAUUAUAUUUAUGAGUGAGCGAGAUAUAGUUUAUCCCUAAGUGUGUGUGUGUUUAGCACUUUUGCACAUAUGUUAAUUACUGUUGUCUACACAUGUUUUGAAGAGGUUAGGUAAAAUUUAUUAUAUUAAUUAAAUAAUUUUAUUAAUUAUUUGUUCCGACGUAUGUACUUAAAGUUGUCAAGUAUUACGAACGACGGAGUAUUGUGGACAUUGUAUAUAAACCUAUUUUAUGUAAUACCAUGUGAGAUGCUGUGUCACAUAUAAACGAAAAAACACACCGACAUAAAACCGCCAAGUGUUUUGUUAAUAACAAAUCAUGUGACAUCGCAUUUGUAUAAGGAUGGUAUUCCAUCUGUCCAAUAUCUUGGUCCAAUGUAUAUUUGCGUCUCACAUUUUGCUUAAUGAGAGAGUGAGACGCAGUGCACAUUGGACAAAGAAAUAAGGGUUGCCAGACAUUUUUCUGUGUGUAGUUUAUUUUUUGAUCCUUUAAACCGCCAAAUAUUAUAAUCUCAAUAAAAAAACUCGCAACCCUAAAUGAGUGAAUUGCAAAAAAAGUGUACUUUCCAGAAUCAUGAAAUUAUGUCUUGAACAUUAAAAUAUCUGUAAAAAAAUAAAUAUUGCACAUACAAUAAUUUUAAACAUAUAGUGUAUACUCAAAUGCUAACAGGAAUUUUACACUUCUCCACUGUAAAUAAAAAUUCAUAACUGGUGUAAAUUGGCUUAGCGUGUUUUUUUUUAAAUGACGUCUUUUAUACAAACAAAAACUUAUUAUCAAAAUGUCUGUUAGACGGUUUUAACGUAUAUUUUAUAGAACAUAAUCUUGGGUUGAAAAUCGGGGACAGAUUUCGUCCCUUUGUGAUACCCACCUGUGUUACGCUAUUUCGCACGUUUGAAGGAAGAAUAUGAAAGCAUGCGUUUAUUAUUACUUCUUAAAAACUUUAAACCUAAUCCGGCACAAACGCACGUGUCGUCAGCUAUAUUGGUUUUCGAGCAGUGGUGAGAAAAUGUGUUUCAGUAUUUUGUCUAGCAUUGAUAAGCUAGCCGUUUUCUACUACUGUUUUCACAUUGUUCUAUAGAUAAAUUACUUGGCUUUCAUUUGGCAUGGUAUUUGCGGAUUCCUGAAUUCGACGCUACUUUUAUUCUACACGCGGUGAAACAUAUUGCGGCAUCGACUUUUGCUUCCUUUGUGUGACGUACAUUUUCUUAAUUUUUGAGAAUAUUCCAUUGUGUUACGUACACUGUUUUUUGCAAUUCACUCAAAUACCAUCCUUUAAAUAGCGUUUUAAGUUUGAGUGAUCUGAUCGACUACAAAAGGGGCAUUCCACGAGAAUGUAGCUUACGUACCUAAAGCCAUUCUUCUAAUAAUUCUGAAAAUGCUGAGAAAGCAAUAUUGGGUCUGGUAAUAUUUCAUGACUUGGCUAACAAAUUGGCAGUAUUUUCUCGAACUUUACGAAUUUGAUUGAGGUAGCUGCCAUGCCAUACAAGGUAGCGUUACGUAAACGACAUUCUCGUGGAAUGGCCUACCUAAAAUAUAUGUGAUGUUUUUUUUUUAUAUACUCUUAAAUGCUUGUUUGGAAUGUUUCAUUUUCGACUAUCUCGUAUUUAUUUUUUUGUAAAUUGUUAACUCACCCAGUCACGUGUUUAUUUUUGGGGCUUCCUUAUUUUAUAUUUUGACUGAUUCGGCUAUUUUGUGCUGAUACUUAACUGCUUUGUACGAUCUAACUGCCUAUACUUUCGCUUAGUAGUGAUACAUGAGCAUAUCAUUGUAAAAACAAUUAUACAUGUAUCACUACUAUUAUUUCAGCAAAUCAAUAGGUAUUAGCUGUAUUUUAUACUUUAAUAAAUUAUUCAUGUUGACAUAAAAUUCGCGCUUAUUUUAAAAUGUAUUAGAUACGUUUGUAAAUAGCUGUUACAGCCUAUUAAUGAGGGUUUUCAUAUAAGUAUUUAUGUUCGCUAUAGACGGUUCAUAAUACAAUAUCUAUAUAUAUCGAACAAUAGCUUACUCUGAGACAACUCGGAUACUCGGGUUACUCGGAUUUAUGAUUACUUAUUCGUUACGAAAUCCUUCCACAUUUAAGAAUAAAUAAUGAUUUAUUCGAAUAAGUAAAAAAUAAUUAGAAGACUUUUUCUCGUGAUUACGACACAAAAUGUCUUCCACUGUAAUCAUAUUAGAUCAAACCCGUCAAACUUCUCUCAGUUAACUGCAGUUUUUAUCAUCCCACCCAUCAUUAUAUUCGAAUGUUUUUGCCGUCUCCGAGUUUACUUCCAACCCUGAUAGCAUUAAAACUUACGUGUCAAUUUUCUGUAAGUAAAAAUAGUAAAACUAGACAAGUCAUAUGGCAUCAUUCCCUCGUUUGCGUAGUAUGAUAGCGAUGUCGCCCUAGCUAUGUAGUGUAGCGUAUUUUAAAGUAAUUCGGUGCUAAAAGAACGUUGUCAGACUGAAAAACCGCGUGGCUCAAAUUUAUAUUAUUCGCUGUUUUAUCUUAAUGUGACUUUUUUUGCAAAAGGGAGCCACUUUCGGAGCCCAAUAAGGUGAUAUUUUCCUAAAGUUGUAGUAAGUAAUACGCCUUACUGAUAACCGACAAAUCUGUGGGCCGGCAACGCACUUACAACUCUGGUAUUCGUCUGCUCGUUUGCCUCCAAUAUCAUAGAAAACCUAUCUUUUGCUUAAAAUCGUCACAAAUAUACCUACAUGUGGUUGUUAUGUCCUUUUGUAUUGAUGGCACCCAUAUAAAAUGUUAAUAAAGCCACACAGUUCCGAUUUUUUAUAUUUAUUUGAGUUUUAGUGAAACGUAGAAUUUUGAACAUUUAUAAGUGUUGUCAGUUUAUUAAUUUUGUACUUAAGCAAUCGCUAGCGUGGAGUGUGUUCGGUUCUAAUGUUAUAACUUGGCUGAUGCACUACCGUGCGCAUUUUGUACAUCAAGUGAACCUUUUUUGCCGCCGGCUCUAUGCUAUAUUGUUUUUUUUUUCUCGACUAAAAUGGCAGGUAUGAUGACAAUAAUGUUUUUAACGCUAAGGUAUUUAGAGAGUCAAUUCUGCCAUUUUAAUCUUGUAAAAAACCUACACCGAUGGUUUACUAGGCUAAACUUACACUUCGGCAUGCUCUAAGCCGGAACCCUAGACUAUACAUUGUUGUAACGUAUCUAUCAGUGACUAUAGUAUUUUUCUCAUAGCUUGGGUACGGUAACAGCCGUCAUCUUAAUUUCGUUUAAUACAUAAUUAUUUUCGUUUUAAGGUUAUGAUUGUUACUAGCGGCUAGCCACCCCGCCCCGGCUUCAUACGGGUUACACAAAACCUUAACAAAUUAUACCUACACCUAAAUAACCUAAACCUGCCUCAACAAUCACUAUAUUGAUAGGUGCAUGAAAAUCCGUUCAAUAGUUUUCGAGUUUAUCGUGAACAUAUAAUUUGAUAAGGUGUAGUGUAAAUUGUAUAAAGAUGACAGUUGUCACCGUACCCAAGCUAUGUGUAAUAUACUAUAGUUUGUCUUAGCUAACUUUGCACCGACUUGAACAAAGUGAGGAAGUGUCAUUAUCUUUUUCUUUUUAUGUUUCUCUGUUUUGUAUAUUUUUCUAUUUGUGCUAACGAAUAAAUUAUUUCUAUUCUAUGAGUGACAUUUUCAUAGAUAUGACAUUAAUGAUCACAUUGCAAAUCCCAUGCAGAGUUAGCUUGGUCCCUAUCUAGGUAGUCUAGGUACUCUUCAUUUUUAUCGUGACAUCAGGGUGCGUAGCCAACGCGCCAAUCGUUAACGCUCCGUAUAAGCGAACGAAACGUAACUGUCACACUAAUAUGGAAGAGUGAUAAAGAGAGAUGACUACUAGGCUACGCUACAGAGCGCUAACGAUUGGCACAUUGGCUAAGCACCCAGCAGUGUAACGUUGACUAUGCCUUAGAAACCCCAUGUAUGUUAUCUGCUAAUAAAAUUGUUAGGAUUAAUAAUUUACCCAAAUGUUUGUGAUUUAGAAAACUACUGAAGUUAUUAUGAGAUGAAGGGUUCGCGUACCCUUAACUAUUAUGUAAGUAAUAAUUUAGCAAAUUAUUUGUUAUCGAGGUUUGAAAAAAAGAACAGGAUUUUUUUAUAAAUUUACAAGAUAAGAGUUCAGGGCAUAAAAGCAAUUUGACGAAAAUAAGUUUACUUUUUAACCCUUUCAACGCUAAAAGGAUGCCGAAAGUUGUCGUGGACGUUUUUAGAUAUGUCAAUUGUUAAGUGGCGUUGAAAGGGUUAGGAAUACCUUCUGAGCGUGGCUCGCUUGACCACUUAGUAGAAUGUUAGGAAAUGCAAUAUUAAUUUAGUUAUCACGAUGUAGAUCUGAACGUGGUAUGUAAUAAAAGACAAAUCGUGAUACAUUGUUAAAAUAACUGUCAAUAAAUUGAUCCAACGAAAA